CCGUCGCCAUAUUGUCGCGAUCGAGUAUAGUGUUUGUUUUGUCAGUGGAAGCUGCGCGUUGGUCCCAUGCGUGCGCGUGCGCACGCAUACAAAUUCCGUCCCUGCGUCUCUUGUCAAGCAAGCUGGCAGAUUGUGGCAAAUCUCAAGCAAUCACGAGGACCAUCACCACGUCAAUUCGCUGACGGAACCGUCGGUGUUUUGUCGUAUUCAAGCCACCCCGCUUCCUCCCCCUCCCCCCCACACUCUCUUGAGCUUCUCGUAGUCGACGUCGGUUCCGCGCCCCACCCUUCUCUCCUCCGGGGAGAGGGGGGACCACGGCCCUCACGACUGGGUGUCAGUCGCGCACGGGAUACACGGGACGGGUAAGUCCGAGAACACUGCGCCACCACCGACAGCAGUAGCACCAUGGCGUGCGCCACGCUCAAGAGGUCUUUGGAAUUCGACCCGGUGCACAGCCACGGCCGGCCCAGCAAACGACGGAGGUGCAUACCGAUGUCGUGUGCCUCGCCCGGCGCUUCCGCGUCGUCAUCACGCAGUGGACCGCUGCCGCAGAAAUCGUCGCCGUUCGGCGAGAUAGCUAGCAAAUUGACGCCUGAAAAAAUGGCUGCCAACAUCAGAGAAGAAAUCCGCAGAUUGCAGCGACGUAAACAAUUGCACUUUCAGCCUCAAACAAACAGUGGCGAUUCAUCAGAUAUGGAAGGACCUUCUAGUCCUUCUGGUCCAUCUGGCUCUUCUUUAACUCUCUUUAGUCAUAACACUAGUGGAAAAGAAAAACCACUUUUCACAUUUAGACAGGUUGGCUUGAUCUGCGAGCGAAUGCUCAAAGAGCAAGAAACGCAAAUCCGAGAAGAAUAUGAUAAGAUCUUACAUUUAAAGCUCUCCGAACAGUAUGACGCUUUUGUCAAAUUCACAUACGAUCAGAUACAAAAAAGAUUUGAAUCCGCAGCUGCACCGAGUUAUCUAUCAUAAGAAAAGUUUCUUAUUUAUAAGAAGACAUUUCUGUGAGGAGUAUUAGAUUUUUACUGUGUGAGACAAAUUUUGCUUGCGCCGAGGUUUGCAGCGCCGCCUCGCUUCGGGAAUCACAUCUAAAAAGAUAAAUGGUUUCAGCAGUGUCUAAUAAAAAAAAAAGAACUAAAAAAGGUGAGAACGGGGAAAAAUAAAAAAAAAAUGAUUAGUAAUGUAAGUUCGUAGAGAGAAAGAGAGUGAGAGUGAAAGAGAGAAAAAAAGAGUAAAUUGCGGUGAAUUGUAAACAUAUUACGAAAAUUUACCAUGUAUACUUUCGAGACUAACAAUAUUUGUACUGUUCGACAUUAGAAGUGCGCUGGUAUCAGGGAACUGAUUCUACUUAUGUACAAAUGUUAUUACGGUUAAAAAUACGAUAUAUAUACACAGUGCAAGGCUAAAGUGCGAAGCUUGAUACCCAGCUGAAAGAAGAGAACAAGAGAGAAAGCUGAGAGAUUUCUUUCUAGCUUCUUAUAUAAACACACACACACACACACACACACGAAUAUAUUUUUCUCUUAGCUUGUUUGGAAUAUUGUAAAAUGUAAACGAAAUUUUGAGACACUUUGCACAUGUCGUAUAGAUAGAGCAUUGUGUCGAAUACUAAGUAAGGUAUUUCAAUAAGUUUUUCGUUUGUUCAUCUUGACGCUACGACAGUUUAGACAUUGCUCAAGUAUAUACGGCAACCAAUGCUCUAAGCAUCUUAUCGCAAAUGUGUUGGAUGCAUCUUGCGAGUUUUGAGGCUGGAGAUAAUGUGCAUUCGCGAAUAGAAGGAUUGCCUUUUUGAAUCCUAUCUGCUCAGCGAAGAGCGGGCUAACGUUUAGAAUCCAAUGUAUGGUUGCGUAUAAAUUAAAAUUAAGAGAUUAAAUUCUACGGCUUGUAAAUUAAAAUUUACAAGAAAGCUACAUUAGUAUAAUGACUUGUUAAA